AUGUCUGCUUCGAAUUUGCGGGACUCAUGGAGUAGGUCAAACCCUUACGAACUCCAGGUCUCUGACAUCCUUUCAGACGGAGAUACAUCAUCUGAAGUUGAUGAUAUAGGACCAGGGGGUGACUACUCUGCUCGUAUGGCAGAACUUUUUGAGGGGGUGGAUCCAGAAUCAAUUGCUCAUAAAGGAGAAGAUGAUGAUGAUGAGGACGAAGAAUUUCUAUACGAAGGGGUGGAUUCUUCUGCAGUGGGUGGAUAUGACGAACAGUUGAGAGAAGUCUUGGGAGAAGAUUCGGAUGAAGAGGGUGAAACUGGUACAAUGCGAACCGGGCCAAUUGGAAUUUCCUCUCCACCAUUCUCUCAGGACGAAAAUGCGCGACCUACCUUGGGAAAUGACCAUUCACCUACAGAGUCCUUGAAUGGAAAUUUAACUCCAGAACUAGGAGAACCAUCAUCCGCUGGUUUAAAUGUAUCAGAUUUCAAACUUGCUAGGCCUUUUCUACAUCCGACCGUCUCUCGACUUCGAUCUUACACCCCUCAACUCACAAAUCUAAGAUCCAAUGAUAGUUCUGCCACUUCACAUUCUCACCUUUAUGAAGGCGUGUCUCCUUCACCGUCUCAUUUUUCUUCCCUCUCGCGCAUAUCAUCUGUGUCCAAUGCUCGGUCUGUAUCUUCCACCAAUGACAAAGAUGCCGAAAUCAAUACUGUUCACAAGACACGUCGAGUAUUCAAGUGGACAGACCUACACAUUAUAACACGCACUAUGUUCUCGAAGGCAUCACAGAAGGCAUCGCAUGUUCUUGGUGCCCCUCUCCUUGGUUUCCCGACCACGUUGGCUGCAAACGGGUUGGUUUGCAUAGGUACAACUGAAGGCAAGGUUGUUGUUCAUGACUUCAGCCAAUCUUUGAUAUGCGUUUGUGAGAGCAAAACCUUAGGAUCCGCUCUAGGGCCAGUCACCGCCAUCGCACUGUCUCAUGAUCAAACAUUUGUUGCCUCUGGCCAUGCAUCAGGCUACAUUCAGUUAUACAACCUCAAACAACCACACAACCCUGUUAGAUCAGUACCUCCAACCACCUUAAUAGCAGUUUCUUCAGGGCGUAAAGAAGGGCAUAUACAAGGAUCACGGAUAGUGAGCGUUGGGUUCAUUGCAGGACGACAUACUGCGUUGGUAUCCGCUGACGAACAUGGUCUUUCUUUUUUCCACUCUCUUGGAAAGAUUCUGUUCGUAGAAGCAUCCGAUAUUCUUCGAAUUCUUGGUAGGUACCCUGAAUCAAUUGUUCCAGCAUCCUCCGCGACACAGUCAAAGCUACAAAACAUGACGACUUCUGUUCCUACAUUCUUUCCCCGGGAAGAUUCGCAAGGCAGGCGAAAAAGUCGACACACUGUGCUGGCCAUGAGCCCCCUUCCACUAGGCAGCGUUCCGUACUCAACCGACAGUCACUAUGUAGUGGCUCUUCUUACUCCUACAAAGCUCGUCGUUGUCGGUCUCAAACCUACUCCCAGAACAUGGUUCAAGUGUCCUAGAGAACCUGAAGAAGGCGGGCAAUGGAAAUCGAAAUCAAAAUGGGUAGGUACUCUGGCCUGGUAUCCAAGUAUUUUACGACCUGGAUAUGCCGGAGAAGAGGCCCCCAAUAAUAUGGCCGACUCGUCGACAGCUCCGAUGCUCGUAUACUCUUGGGGUUCAUCUAUGCACUUGAUCAAAGUGUAUGAACGCCAGAUCAAGCAAACUGUCAAUAACUCGAAGACUGGAAAGAACAAUGAAAUUGAAAUUGGUGCAAUCACCUAUGAACAAACUAGGAAAUGGAAUGCCCAUGAAGAUAUCCUUGCUCUCCAAUGGCUUAAUCACAACCAAGUAGUCGUGAUUACCCAUAACAACCUUGGAAUAUACGAUAUAAAACUUUCUCGACUUGUUGAACAGGCUGCUUUUAAUAGUCUCACCCUGGUCUCGCCACGAACUCAUGGGGAUGAUGACCCAGGGCAGGAGUCUCAUAUCGUUUCUCAUAGCAUUCGGGUAUACAAAGGGAAGAUAUUUGUAUUGAAAAAAGAUCGGUUAAUGGUUGGCACACUGCUGACUUGGGCAGAUUUAAUCCUUUCCUUGGUGGAAAAUGGUGAUUUUCUUCAGGCUAUUGAUUUAGCACGUUCAUACUAUACCGGAGAAGCGCCUGGAAAUCGAAACAACCUUCCUGACGACGACGCAGAAAGAAAGGUAGUGGUUGGAGAGAAGUUGAGAAGCCUUAUGGACGCAUCAGCUCAAUACGCCUUCUCUGAGGACCGAAUGACCGACAAUACACAUUCCACGCCGGACAAUCGAGGAGUCGAUCGGACUUCCGUGUUUGAAGGUCUUGUUAGUGUAUGCUGUAGGGCAUCUGUCGCUCUCGGUGACUUUGAAUAUCUGUUUGAAGAUCUCUUCCAAAAGUACGAUGAUUCAGGAAUUGCCUCGAUUUAUCUGCGCCAACUGGAGCCAUUUAUUCUGGGCAACCAAAUUCGUUAUGUUCCACCUCGGAUCACUCAACGUUUGGUCGCUCUACACCAACAAGAUGGUCGACCAGAAUACGUGGAACGCAUCAUCUGGCACAUGGAUCCAUCUUGCCUUGACCUCAAUCAAGCCAUUCAUCUCUGCCAACGUUUUCAUCUUUAUGAUGCUUUGAUUUUUAUCUACACCAGCGCAAUGCGCGACUACGUUGCGCCUGUUGUCGAACUUCUCGGUCUGAUCCGCAAAGUUCAGCAGUUCAGGAAAUUGAAGAGUGACUUACUUAUCAAGACGGGGUCUGUUUUAGACGCAAAUUCCUCUAUGGAGUCAACUAUUAUCAACGCAUACAAAAUAUACCCAUAUCUAUCGAAUGUUUUAUCCGGACUCACAUACCCCAGCGAGGAACCUCUCAACGGGGAAGACGCGUACAAGGCCAAACGAGAUAUCUACAACUUUGUGUUUUUUGGACGAUCGAGUGUGUGGCCGCCUGGUGAUGGUGGAAUGCUGGUGCUGACAUCUAAUGAAGAGGGUGGAAUCGAACCCACGUACCCUUAUGCUCGACAACUGCUACUUUUCGAUUCAGAAUCUUUCUUACACUCCCUCGAUAUCGCAUUUGAAGACGCAUACCUCAAUGACGAAUCUCAGACAAUAAAUCGCUCAAUCAUCGUUAGAAUUAUCCUCGAAAUCGUGGCAUCCGGCCAAUUGCCUCAAGAGGAUAUAACCAUGGUCAACAUAUUUAUUGCUCGCAAUGUGCCAAAAUAUCCACAAUUCCUUCACAUCACCUCAAGCUCAUUACACAGCGUUUUAAUCGGACUCGCUGCGGACCUAGAUCCAAAAACUCGAGAAGAUCGUCAGCUAGCUGCUGAAUACCUUCUCUCGGCCUAUAAUCCUCAUGACAGUGAACGUAUUGCCGCACUGUUUGAACGUGCAGGUUUCUUUAGGAUACUCCGGACAUGGCAUUAUCAUGAAAAACGUUGGACCAAAUUGCUAUCCACUUACAUCGAUGAUCCUGAUAUCAGCUCCAGAGAGUUGAUAGGCCAGAUUGCGACCGUAAUUACUGAUGCAUCUAAAGCGCAAAAAGGCCACAUAUCUGAUGAUCUUGUAGUGAUUGUCUCAAAGUCUCUUCCCAGAUUAUUGCGUGUUGAUAUACCGGGUACCGCUCGCAUGAUUGAUACAUUUAUCCCAGACCUACAUCAAAAGGCGCUGGAAUCAUUCGGAGGUCAAGCGAAUGCUGACCACAGCCGCUAUGAAUACCUACGCAGUGUACUAUUCGAUCAGUCAAACGAAGAAGAUGUCGGCGACGUACGUCUUCGAAGAUCUUCCGAACACCUUCCAACUGGACUUCACCAAACAUUUUUUGACUUAGAAUGUCAGUUCCAUCCUACAGAAGUUAUCCCAUCCCUACAAGCACUAUCUCUUGAUAACUUACACCUUGAUGAAAUUUUGGAGACUUGUGAAAUUCAUCAAGUAUAUGAUGCAGUCAUAUGGGCUACCAACUGGCAGGGCCGUCCUCAAAAGGCUUUGUCCAAGGCCGAGACGUUCCAAACUAGAAUAAUGCAUACCCUUCUAACCGACUUGAAAGGCAAUGCCGACUCCGCAUAUAUCGAUCAGGAAUUAAGCUCACUACAGGCUAUUGCCAACGUCUGCAAGGAUAUCUGUAUGGAGCACUCGCAGUAUUCAUCUUCUGACGUGCCCCUCGAAGAUAUGUGGUUCGAAUUGUUAAACAGCGAGAUACGAUGUGUACAGACAAUUUCUAGUUCGGCUCAUCUUCUGCUCUCCAAAUGCUCAACCAAUGAACCGUCCGACCAUCUGCAUGGAAAUGUGGAGAAAAUAAUGACAUCCUUACGCACCCUUGUUCAAGCAACCUUCAGUUCGCUCGUCUCGAUCACAUCCACCAGCGCAGUCUCUUUUCCUCGACUGUUCAAACGAUUAGUGAAUGCCACCCCAUCGUCAUCGGGCGCUCACUACACUGAGUUCCGGAUGAUUCUUCUUGGAAUGUUGGAGUCUUAUAGGUCCGAUGAAGAUCUCCUGUUAAUGCUUAAGCAUCUCAUAGAUAGAGAUCUCUUUGAUACUAUAGAACGUGUAACGCGCGAACGGGCAUGUGGUUGGGCCGCGGUGCAAGCCAUAUGCCAAUUUUGUCGGCAACCAUUCGGCCAGAUGCAAGGUUCAGGUUCGAUGGUCAUUGCCUCCAAACCAAUAACUAUUUCUCGGACCGGUAUUAUCUUCCAUGAAGGUUGCAAACCUACUCCCGAUGUGGUUCAUAUCUAG